GUUUCGAGCACCUUCUUGUUCUGUGUAAGAGUGGAAGUCAUUGGACAGUGCAUGUACGGAAGCGCGAAGUAUCAAGACCUGAACGAAACCGAUAUUGAAUCAUCAGUCCUCUCUGACUUGGUAGACCCAUGUCAGGCGUGAGGCAUGAGAUGCAGAUAUUCCGGAGACCAGCAUGUAAAUGUUGACUGGUGGAGGGGAGUUGUUCCACGGGGAUGAAAAUAGACACUGUCACAGGUGAGGUUCUGCGCUCGGCAGCGCCGGUUACAUCCCUUCAUCAAUAUGCACAGGAAGACGAAGAUGGGACAACAAACGCAGGCUUAUUCAUCUCCGUACCACACUCGACCACCUUCCUCAUUCUCGGAUGAACGGAUGAUUGUGGAAUGGGGUAUAGGCAAUAUUGCGCUUUCUGGAGGUAAACACUCCCAAAACCCUGCCUCGCCCUCUGAAUCCCCCACAUCCUUUAAAACAUACAUGGAAACACAUGGUCCUGCACAACUGGCGUACCGCGCCAAGGACGUUCCCGAUCUGUUUUUUUGGAAGGAGGACAGGCUUGUGCUAUGGGUGACUUCGGCAAAUUUUGUGAAGGGUCGUGAAGUUGGAGAUGGGAAUGCUAAGAGGGUUGAGGAGGAUGGUGCGGGGCAUGAGUGUACGAGUAGGGUCUAUGUUGACCAAAAGCCACAUUACGACCCGAAUCGUGGACUGGGCCUAUUUGCGAAUAUAUCAGGCAGGCAAAGCUCUUCGGCGGUUUGGGGUAGAGCAAGGAGGAUGCAGAGUGCACCGGCCCAAGAAAGUUGGCAAGACCCGGGGGAGAGCAAGAAACUUGGGGGAUCGAUCGAUCCUCCACCAAGAGCUAAAGGAGCUCAUGUGCGAACCCAUGAAGAGGACGAGAAGGAAUUUCCAGAGGAUAGCGGCAUGGUUCUGCUCUGUGACGAUAAGGAUGUG